GCUCAGUGGAAAUUUUUCUCUAACCCAGGGCCGCGAACUCAAGAGCACUGGAGCCCUCGGUCUCUUUCUAGCUUGCUUCUUGCCUGGUUCCAGCCUUCCUGGAAAGCUCUGAAGAGUAGCAUGUACUCCAAAAGGGUGAAGUGGCAACAGGCUCUGGAAAUUCUACUGCUGCUUCAUUUGUUCCUGGAGACCAGCAUUCAAGGUUGUUCAGAACAGCUGAUUGUGGUCUCUGGGAGCAAUGUGAGUCUUCAAAUCUGCAAUUUGCCUGAUAAAUACAAAAAACUCACCUGGUUUUACACUGACACCCAGAAGAUUGUAGAAUGGGAGUCCAACACGCCUAAGCCUCACUACUUCAAUUCUAAAUUUAAGGACAGAGUCACAUUCGAUCAUCAAAAUGGCACACUCCACAUCUAUAAGGUCCGAAAAGAAGACAGCAGCACCUACCUCCUGAAGAUAUUAAAGGAGGCUGGGACCGAAGAGGAACGAAAGAUCUUCCUGAAAGUGUUUGAUCCUGUAUCUAAACCUGUCAUAAAUAUUACGAAGAUAAAGGAAGUGAACAACAGCUGUUAUUUGAACCUGUCGUGUGUGGCCUGGGGCCAGUCUCUCAACUACACCUGGUAUAGGGACUCAGGGCCCUUUCCAAAAGAGCUCUGGAGUAGUAAGCUUGUGAUCAAUGUUGAGCCACAAAACUACUCCAAAUUUUACAUCUGCCAAGUCAGCAAUCCUGUGAGCAACAAGAAUCGCACAGUCUACUUCACUUCAGCCUGUGAACAGGCCCCAGCCUCUGGAGUAGCUUGGAUUGCAACAUGGCUAGUGGUCAUGGUACUCACUGCUCUUGGGUUCCUAUUGACCUGAGAUGAGCUCUCUUAACUCAAGAGUGAAACUCCAAGACUGCAAGAUCUUGCCUUCAUCAGCAACCAUGCUCUUAACCUGGACAGAAGCUCCGGCUCUAUGGAUGGAGGAAGACUGUCAUUGAGGCAUCUAUAAGGAUCUUCAAAUUAACUUUUUAAAAAGCAUGGCUAAUGUUUUAUAUCUCUCAGUUGUUUUCUAAUACAAGUGUAUAGAUACACAUGAUUCUUCCCAAGAAAAAGUGUGAUCGAUGUUGUCUUGCUUAAAUAAAUAUUUGAUUUAAUGGUCAAAGUGGAUUCCUGAAGUUGCCCCAAAUCUGUCAGACAAUGCCAGCUCCAUCAGCCUGGACAAACGAGCAUCGAGAUACUAAUGGGAAGAAAGUGGGACUGGAGGCUCCUGUGUGUCAGUAUGGCUAAGGAAUUAAUUUGCGCCGUCUCGGACUCUUGCUCCCAUGUCCAUGCCAGUCCUCCUUGGGUUCCAGCACUCCUAAAUUCCCUCUUCACCAAGUUCUGGCCUCCAUCCCUGUGGUUUGCUUUUUUCUGGCCCCUCUGAGAAAUAUACUUUUUAGAUCUCCUGGGAAUGUGGGAUCAGGCUUACUCCCCCAGAACUGAUUAUGCAGCUUCACCACAUAUGAGGGUCCCUCUCAAACUUUUCAAGGGAAGCUGAGUUCCCUCUCCUCUUUUCAUCAUUCUUGCUGUGUGGGCAGCUUUUCAAGUCUGAGUUGUGCCAUGAAAUCUAAUAAAACUAUUAAAUCGACAAAAUGUUCUCACCAGGGU